AUGAUGCUGAAGUGCUUUCCUUUCUCUGCCCCCACCUCAGAGGCCAAAAAUGCCACAGAGGUGGCCCAACAGAAUACAGAUGGAUCCCAGCCACCUGCUGGCCACCCACCUGCUGGUGCUAGCCAGAGCUCUGCUACCAAAUGCCCGUUCCUGGCAGCUCAGAUGAAUCACAAGAACAGUAAUGUUUUCUGCAAAGCCAGCCUAGAACUCCAAGAGGAUGUGCAGGAAAUACAGGUAGACAGGAAAGGUAUGGAAUUUGCCAAAAUACCAACUAAUGCCACAGUGAGGAACAUUGAGACGGAGGGAGAAGAGUGGAAUGGCUUGCUCAAGAAGUUUAAGGAUGUUGUGCUGAAGCAAAGACCAGAAGGUGUGUCUCAUCUGCUUCAGGAUAACUUGCCAAAAUCUGUAUCCACCUUCCAGUAUGAUCAGUUCUUUGAGAAAAAGAUAGAUGAAAAGAAGAAGGAUCACACCUACCGCGUAUUCAAAACAGUGAACCGAAAGGCACAAAUAUUUCCCAUGGCAGAUGACUAUACUGAUUCUCUAAUCACCAAGAAAGAGGUGUCUGUUUGGUGCAGCAAUGAUUACCUGGGGAUGAGUCGUCACCCUCGUGUGUGUGGAGCAGUUAU